AUGGACGAACGCGUUGCGGAAACGGACAUCCUGGCCCCGAGCACGGACAGUAACCAAAACGCAUCUCGUAGAAAGCUCGUCGUUGCAGGUUCGCUCUUCGGCAUCGUUUUGAUACUCAGUUCUUGCGUCACCGUCAUCUGCAACGUCUACAUGCUCUUCAAGCCGCAGACUAACCCGGUGCGCUUCCCAUUGCUGCCGAAGCCAGAACCAACAAUGACGCUGAAAAUACGCAUGUCGGAUGUGGAGAAUAAUCUCUUGUCGGUUCUCAACAAAAAUACUACGCUCUUCAAGACGGCAGCACAGGUACAGCCAGCGCCCCCCUUAACUCAGACCUACGCGGAUGCUGGCUCGCUUGUUGGUGCUAGAGCGAACAUCCUACCCGUUGCUGCAGAACGCCAAGUGUACAGCGAUGGGAACACUGCCAAGGAAAUUGUUAUAAUCCCUGCUCCAGCAUGUGGUCAAGUGUGGGAAAGCCACAGGCUCGACUGCCAUCCCGACCGACCGCCAUCGUAUACGUCUUGCUUGAAGCGCGGUUGCUGCUACGAGCCUGUUAACAGCACCGGAUCGCCGCCGGAGGUUGGAUUCAUUCUGCCGCCGUCGUGCUUCUACCCGUCUAACUAUCUCGGCUAUAAGGUUGAAUCCGUCGAGAGGAGUCUUUUCAAGACAGUGGUCAGAGCGAAGAGAGUGACCCCGUCUGGAUUCCCAAACGACGCUAGCACCGUAAUAAUUGAAAUUAUAAAUUACGACGACUUCACGGCGCGUAUUCGAGUGACCGACGCGAAAACGAAGAGGUACGAAGUGCCCUUCCCUAAGGUAGCGGACCAGAGGAAGACUCAUCCGAAGUUGUACGACGUCGUGGUGAGUCUAAACGGCGAGCUCCAAGUCACCAGAUUGUCUUCGAGAAAGCCCGUCUUUCAUACAAAUAUCUCCACUCUCGUGUACGCGGAACAGCUGUUGCAGUUGUCGACACGACUUCCCUCUCGUUACGUUUACGGUAUCGGUGACGUCAAGUCACCUUUACUUCGAAGUACAGACUGGCAUAAAAUCACUCUCUUCAAUGCUGGACGCUCGCCAACAGAAGGAAAGAACUUCUACGGCUCGCACCCUUUCCUCAUAACCUUAGAAGAGAACGGUGAAUCAUCGGGUCUCUUCCUCCUGAACAGCAAUGCGAUGGACAUUAUCCUCCAACCAAGUCCCUCUGCGACGUUCCGAACUAUCGGCGGUAUCCUGGACGUCUUUGUGUUCGUCGGCCCAACGCCGCAAAAGGUAGUCCAGCAGUACACCGCGAUCGUGGGGAGACCCUUCAUGCCGCCUUACUGGAGCUUGGGGUUUCACCUUAGCAGGUGGGGGUACUCCACCAUCGAAGAAGUACACGAUGUCUGGAAACGGAACGUGCGCGUUGGCAUCCCCGUGGAAGCCAUAUGGCUCGAUGCGGAUUACAUGGAAGACUUGAGGCCGUUCUCGUACGACCGGUCGCGAUUUCCAGGGCUUCCGGAGUUUGCCCAGGAGUUACAUAAACGUGACACAAAAUUGAUGCUAACCUUGCAUCCUGGUAUUGACAGCAAUCGCGACAAAGGUAGUUACCUUCCGUUUGAUGAAGGCGACAGACGUGACAUUUUCAUCCGAAUGGAGAGCGGAAGAUACAAUCACGGCUUGAUCGGGAACAGAAGCGGAAUCGUGUUCCCCGACUUUACGAAUCCGAUAUCUCAAGAAUACUGGGGUCAAAUGCUGUCUUAUUUUCACCAAGCAAUGCAUUUCGACGGAGUGUGGCUGGACCUCAACGAGCCAUCGUCGCUUUACAGCGGAUCAGAGGUAGGAUGUCCGAACUCGUCGCUCGAAAAUCCGCCAUAUCUGCCAGGGGAUGGUCAAGAACAGUUGUGCACAAAGACCCUCUGCAUGACAUCCAGACUCCACGCCUCUCUCCACUACAACGUCCACAACCUGUACAGCUACGCCCAGACCCUCCGCACGUACGACGCCCUUAUCCACAUAAUGUCCCAGCGACCUUUCAUAAUCUCCAGGUCGACCUUCUCUGGCCAGGGUCACUACUCUGGUCACUGGAGCGGCGACAUCGAGUCGGACUGGGACUCGUUGCGGUAUUCGAUUCCGUCUAUGCUCACUUUCAACAUUCUCGGGAUGCCCAUGACUGGAUCCGACAUCUGUGGCUUUUGGGACAACGCUACGGCUGAACUCUGCCACCGCUGGCACGCUCUGGGUGCAUUCUAUCCGUUCGCCAGGAACCACAACUCAAAAGGAAGUGUUGAUCAGGAUCCAGCGUCGUGGGGCCCUCAGUACUCUUCAGCGGCUCGAAAGGUCCUGCGAGUGCGGUACAACUUCUUGCCUUACCUUUACACACUCUUUUACCGUAGCAAUGUCUUCGGGGACACAGUAGCACGCCCGCUUUUCUUCGAAUUCCCGAAAGACGUCAACACUUACGGCAUCGACACACAGUUCCUGUGGGGCGCUUCGCUUCUCGUCCUGCCAAUCGUCGAGCCGAAUACGACGGAGAUCAAACCUUACCUUCCGCGAGGUAUCUGGUUCGACACGCUCCUAGGUACGCCAUACCAUAGUGCCGGAGAAGACUUCUCAAUCACCCCUCAAGCGGACUUGGUCUGCCUUCUUCUACGGGGUGGCAGCCUAAUUCCAACUCAAGAGACGGCGCAGACGACAGCAGCAGGCAGACUCAAACCGUUCAGUCUUCUAGUCGCUGAAGACACCGAAGGCGUCGCCACGGGCGAGCUGUACUGGGACGAUGGGGAGUCCGUGGGAGCGUACGAAAAGGGAGAUUACAAUCUAAUGAAGUUCACCGUGGUAAACGCCCAACUGAAUGGAUACUGCAUACAUUGCAAAUACGAUACAAUUAUGCUUCUUAACGCUGUUGUCCUCUACGGCUUGAAGCAGAAGCCGAAGGUUGUUCAUUUUAAUACUCGUCCAGCGAACUUCACGUACAACCCAGAAGGGCAGUUUAUGAAAGUUACAGCACUGCACUUCCAGAUGACGAAGGGGUUCUCCAUGACGUGGAUAUAUUGA